UACUCGUUUUUUAAAAAAUCUUAUAGCAGCUACCGUAAUUCUUUGUAAGUCCCUAAGUUAGUGCUUUACUUCUAGUUUGUCACUAACAGAAUAACAACAUUGCAUAAAACGAAGUGUAAAUCAGUGAUUAUCUAGCUAAUCAUAGCUACCUAGAUACCGUACCUGUAUUGCGUACCUCUUGCUCUAUCAGUCUAUCUGGUUUACUUUGAUCCCAAUUCAAUAAUGGAUGAAGAAGCAGGUCCUAAUGAAAAUACACUAUCAGGCGAAAACUCUUCAUCAGUGGGAGGAGAGAAUGAUUUGGAACUGCCUUCAAAUAAUGAAGAAAUUCUUGAGCCAAUUUUGCAAAAUGACUACAAUGAACCUAUUGAGAGUGAAAUGCCAGUUCAAGACUUGCCACCUUUUGAAGUUGAGGACCAGAAUGAAGUUGUGAUAGAGGAGGAUCAAGAUGUUGAAGGAGGUAUUGUUGGAGAAGAAUAUGAAGUAUUUGAUGUCAGUGAUGAAUCUUCAGAAUCAGAAGAUGUUGAUGAAGAUGAUGAAGUGAUGGAGGAAGAUUUUCCAGAGAGAGUUCGAGUAAUUAAUAUCAGACGUGGUUUAUUAAAUCGUAUUCCAGGAAUGCUCCGUCGUUUGGGAAGGUUGCCAUUCUUUGGAAAUGUUCAAUCAAUAGAAGACAUAGAUGAUGAUGGAAGUGAUAAUGAGUCGAGAAAUGCGGAACGGCCAGAAUCUAUAACAUUUGAUAAAAGACUUCCGACAUCACAUUCGUAUCUUGGUGAGAUGAAUGACUGCAGUGGUAUUCCAUAUAUUGAUGAUGAAUCAUUUGUAACUAUACCAAUACUUAGAGUUGCAGAUUUUUUGUUAGUACCUGGUCAAACCAUGCCACUCAACAUAAUACGUCCUCAAGAAGUUUCAUUGCUGAAAUCUGUUCUUGCCAGGCCGGACAAAACAUUUGGAGUGAUUUGGAUAAAUACACAUGGAUUAGGUUCAUCAGCCAUGAUAGAUUUUGGUUGCACAGCGGAAUUACGAUCAAUAAGAGAGGAAGAAGUUCAUGAGGUACAAACUAUGGUUGGAAUUGCUGUUGGUCGCCAAAGAUUUAAACUUAUGGAAAAGCGUCCACAACCUGAUGGCAAUUUAGUUGGAAAAGUACAAAUAUUGAAUGAUGAUGAAUUUUCUCCUCCUGCAUCCGGUGCAAGAUUAGGAGUUCAUUACAAGCAUGCUAUCCCAACAAUAAAGUCAGCAAAGCGGCGACAUUUUCUGAAUCAUCCUGGUUGGUUGACAAGUUCGCUGCCUUGGAUGUACAACAUGUAUGACGUGAUAAUACUUCGCAAACUUUUAAUUCAAGAACUAAAAGAAUGGAAUCCUGAUUUAGAUGAAAAAUCAUUACCAACAUCACCUUCAGCAUUUUCAUUCUGGAUUGCAUCUCAUCUUCUCAUCACAAAUACUAUGAGAUUAUUUUUAUUGCAGAUAGAUUGUUCAAUACAGAGAAUGAGAUGUGAAUUGGAUUUGCUCAAAAAGUGCACAAUCUACGCUUGCAUGCACUGUGGUAAUCAUAUAACGGAGAAAAAACAUUUAUUCAAUAUGUCUGUAUCGGGUCCUAUGGAUGCUUAUGUUAAUCCAUCGGGUCAUAUUCAUGAAACACUUACUGUUUAUCUUUCACAAGGACUUGUUCGAGUGUCUCGACCAUCUACAGAACAUAGUUGGUUUCCUGGGUAUGCAUGGACAAUAUGUGAAUGUGCGAGUUGUGGUCGACACAUGGGAUGGAAAUUCACUGCAACGAAGGAUUCAUUAACACCAAAGAAUUUUUGGGGUCUCACAAGAUCUUCGUUAUCUCCGAAAUUUGAUAUAGAAGAUUCAUCAGAAAAAACUGAACAAGUUGGAAGGCGAAGAAGAUUGACAAGUAAUGAUUCAUCUAAUUCAUCAGGAUCAAUGUCAUCCCGUGUUGGUUUAAACUGGAGACCAAUGAUGUAAAUUUUUUAAUGUAAUUAAUUGCGCAAAAGUUCAUGAUCACAGAUUCUUUUUAUUGCUUUUUUCCCUCUUAUUUCCUAUUUUUAAAAACUUCACAUUCAACCAUGCCUUUUUAAAUAUUCUGUAAUUUCUUUCUGUUCUUCUUCAUUCAAUGAAUUGAAAGUAAAAUCUUAUUGUGAGUAAUUUUAGAAUUCUUUAGAUUUACAAAAUGGCUGUGAUAAAACUAAAAGUUGACUGUUUUUGGUUUUUAUGCACUUUUAUUUAAAUGAGCAUUAGUUUAUCAGUCAGUAACCCCUUGAUCUCCCCCACAGAAGGGGGCAAAAUGCUAAGAAUUUUUGAUCCUAAUAUUGAUGCUCAAAUCAAUAAUAUUGGACAAAAUUUCUAUCGCUGUGAAUAUGCAAUUUAGUAGCAUCAGGCAGUCUGGUCAUUCUUGUUAUUAAUCUAUUAAUUCGUGUCAUCUUUUAUUUCUAAGUUUCCCGAUCACACUUCUUUCAGAUUCUUGCAGCAACACUGUUUCAUAUAUUUGCUUAUAUUCAAACAAGCACAUAUUUUGAAUGUAAAUGCAUUUUUACGAAUAAACUGUAAAGUUUACCAUUGUCACAAGUGAAA